AUGGAGGAUUCCUCGGAAAAUGAGGGCAUCCUCCAAGGAGAUAUUCUAAAUAAGCAAUUCGCGGAAAUUCAGUUUAUAAAGCCGAAGCAUCUCACAGAAAAAGAAGAAUUAUUAUUUAGAAAUGCUCAAGCGACUUUACGCCUAGCAUCUUCAUAUUAUUACAUAGAAAAAUUCUUCUCUGUAUUAAGAUUCUUCGAGCAAGUCUACAUUGUUUCUUUACUCAGCAUUGUCAGUGCAAAAAACGUUGGAAUCUCGACUCUUUAUCAAAAAUUGAUUUGCUUCUUUUUCCAACAACCACAAGAUGAGCCAAACCUCUUGCUCUGUGUAAUAAUUACUUGUCUUUCGAUCUAUUGUUUAUUUUUCUUUUUAUUUGGAUUGUAUUCAGCGAAAAAGCAUUUUUCACUCAGCCGACCUCUAAUGCUUGCAGUUUACAUAUUCUCUGUUGAAAUAACAGACUUUUCUUUAUUAAUUUUAGUUUCUCAAACAGCAAACUUAUUCGCUCAGAUCAUCCUCGGUGGCUACUCCUACUACAUGAUUCAAUUCGUUGCUCAGAUUAUAGUCAUUGCUCUUAAUGUUUACAUAAAUAAUUUAAAUCACGAAACAGUCUUCAAUUCUCAAUUUUAUUUGGCUGGAUCUGGAGCCUCGUUAUCAUCGCCAGCAACAUUCUCGAACUCUUUAUUAAUUAUCAUUUUCCUUGUAACAUUUGGAAUCAAAAUUAAUCCGGCGAAACUAUACUUUGGCGCAUUUUCAGCUUUGUACAUCGCAUACGGCUUGUAUUUCAUGACCAAAGGAUUCUGUUCCAGCUACAUUCAUAACAGUGCAAACGCUUAUGUCGCAUCUUACGGAUUUACGUUCAUAGUUGCUGGAAUUUUCAGUAUCCUUCACAGCGCUGAUAAAAAUUCGAGCCCAGAUCUUUAUAUUUAUUCACUUUUGGUGAUUUGGAUUAUUGUUUAUUAUUUUAUACGUUGGAUACUUUCUUUGGUGUCAAAGCGUUUAGCGAACAAACUCCAAGAGUGCGAUAAUGAUUUUGAUAAGCUCCGAAUUAGAUCCGUCUGGCAUCUUGUUCAUUAUUUCAGAUCUGGCUUUUCUUCUGGCAUCGCAUCAGCCAUCAAUGGCCAACUUCUCGAUUGGGCCAUCCAAAAGUUCAAUAUUCAAGAUUUGGAGCCAUUAAUGAUCAGAUUUGCCACUUUAUUCAAAAAUCCACCAUUAUACAUGUCAUUCCUUGAUGCUAACUUCAGAAACUAUCCUCAUUUGCGUCCGGAUGCCUUCGUUAUCUAUGAAUAUGAUUUGAUAAAUGAUAUGAGGUCUGUUUCAGAGCUUAAAGCAGAAUACCAAGAAGCAAUCAUCAAUAUAACCCAGAAGAUCUCCUCAUUUUCACAAAUAGAGCUUCUUUACGCCAAAAAUGUGACAAAUAAGCUAAUGACCAACUUUUAUCUGAUCCAAUCCUUACAUCACACGAGGUCUCUGAUCUAUUCGUUUGUGAAUGAAAUAAAAGCGAGAUUUCCGAACAAUAUCCAAGUCCUCAAGCUUUGCGCUCUCUACGAAACAUUCGUCACCAAGGACAAGUCUAAUGUUGAUCUACUCAAAAAGAACAUUGCCCAGUUAGAAAACGAUCCAACGAAUUAUUGUGACAUUUUAUUUACGAUUCCUCUCACUCUUUUCCCACAUGCCCAGCGCAAUAUUGUCCAACAAAACGAAUGCGAGCUCAAAUCCUUCAGCGAAGAAGAGUCUGCCGCUGUCGGAGAAGAUCAACAAAAGAAAUCUCACCAUUUGACUCACAAAUACAAACCAUACAACUCCAGAUAUUACAUAGCUUAUGUACUUAUGUUCAUUGCUGGUAUCUGUGUCGUAAUUAUCUACAUUGCUAAUUUUAUAACGGCGAAAAAGCAAAUGGAGGAAAACGACGUCUUCACUUAUCUCCAGCAAGCUUAUAUAGAGUUCACUUCUUACUUCUUCCUGAAGAUGACGACCGUAAUUCCUGUUUCCAUGGGAUUAUUCCCGAAUUCGGAGUCAGAGUGCAUUUGUAACAUCUCGGAAGAAUUCCAUCAUGUUCGCGGCCAAUACGCGUAUAUGGUAUUAUCAGAGCCAUUCCAAACUGAUAGUUGUUUGAACGAUUAUUUCUCAUCGUCGACUUUCAUGAUCGACGCUCCAGUUUUUGAUAACAACUACAGGGUAUCGAUGCCAUUCCAUAUAUUCAUCGAUAAAAUCUAUAAUAUCAUCCUAACAAUAUUUCCAGAAGCAGAUGGAGCAAAAGUAGACGAUAAAUGGAUCAAGUAUAUUGUGAACACAUUCUCUGUACUUGCAUACCAGAUUGCUCAAGGAAAAGCUACUGUAACAACAGAAUUAAGUAAUGAAUACUUAACAUGUCAUGAAAAAGUAGCCAAACAGAGGGUUCUUUCGAUAUAUAUACCGUUCUUUAUCACGAUGUUCUUAGUCAUUGUCUAUUUGCUCGUUCAUAUCAUGUGGACUCGACAUAUUUUCCAAAUCUUCUCAGAUGAUACCUCGAAAUCAAACCUCCUUGUUGCAUAUCUCAGGAAAUACUUCAAGACGCCAUCAAAAUACCUGUUUUCGAUCGCAAUUUACGUUAUUAUCAUUAUCGCCCUAAUAAUUGGUUCAUUUUUCGUAGAGAACCAAUUAUAUAAGGCUUCGAAGAACGCUUUCUACGAUCUGGUUAACAACACAAUCUCCGAUACGCGAUCAAUUUUUUACUCAUUCAAUGCCAUAAAUUCUUUUCAACUUUACAACUACACAAAUUAUACAAGUUACUUAACCCAAGAAAAUCUGACUCAAUAUGUGAAAAGGACAUUAGAAUUCUUCGGAGAAACUGGUUCUUCUGAUAAUAUCCGCACAACAAGGACAGAAUUGCAAGUUUCGUUAUUAGAGCUUGCAUUAAUCCAAUAUUCAUCAGAUGAAGCGUUGUAUACCUCUAAUACAACCAAUGAAAUGCUCAGGCAUAUCUUUGAAGACCUAACUUUGCCUACAAUUCUCAAUAUCAGUCGAGAAAAUAAUAUUGAGCGACAAGAGACAUCAACAAGGUAUUUAGUCAUGCACGCACAGAUUGGAGAGAUCUUCUAUUUAUCAGUCUUGUGUCUUUUCUGGAUUUUCUUCAUAAAAGUACUUGAUUUUAUGGAAUUGACCAGCGAAAUCAAAGAACUCAUGAAGAUUGUUGUAGAAUUCAGCACAAACACCGCAAUAAGAACUCUCAAGCAGUCCAAAUACAAGACUUCCGCUCAAUUUAUCAUUGAUACAAUUUCUUCCCCGAUUGCGUUGAUCACAACAGACAAUCUGAUCAUCACAGUCAAUUCCAGUUGGUGCGCCUUCUUCGAGAAACCGGAAGCCUCCUUCAUCGGCAUGAACAUCGACGAAUUUUUCCCUCAAAUCAACGAAAAAAUGAAAAUCGCCGAUGUCAAUCCUUUCUACAAAAUCGUGAUGCUGAUGGAGCAACUUGAAGAGCGCAAAGUGACCCACGAACUGGAGCAACUGAAAGAGACAAUCAUCAGCUACAGAUGCGACAUCGGGCCGAAGAGAUUCGCAAACUGGAGAAAUGGUUGUCACGAGAUAGAUUUCGUUGCUGUUUUGAGUUGUUCCGUUUACGCUGUUACGGAAAAUGAUGAUGACGCAAUGAUAGAGACGAACCAAAUGAUCAUGGAGAUGCUGGACCAACAUCUAAGACUCCUCGGCGAUUUCGAUAUCAUCAAAUCUUCCGCGAGACAGAUAACAAUAAUUUUCGGUGUCAACAAGAGAUUGCAGCCUUUCCAAUUAGUUGCACAAGCUGUGACAUUGGCGAUUGACUUCUCUCUUUGCAUUGUAUCAAAUGAAUACGAGGGAAUAACUAUAACUCCUACGUGUGUUGUUACGUGCGGAAACGCAAUUUUCGGAAUGAAUGAAGAAAGACUCGGAACAAUUGAUAUUUCGGGUUCCGCAAUUUGCGAAGUGAUGCCUUUGACUCAGUACGCGCUCCAGGGAACUGUGACUGUAUCUAGUAAAGUUGUAGAGAUGUUGGAAAGUAAUGGAAUAAGACAUGGAUUUAAGAAAUUGAUUGAUGAUGCUUAUCAGCUCAAAGUUGACCCUAAUUUGUUAAUUUAG